AUGGAAAUUGUUAUUCUUAUUUUUGUAAUUUUGGAAACAAUUGGAAAUAUUGGAUUAUUAAUAUGUAUACCUAUAAUUAUAAAAUUUAUUUAUUACCGAAAAGAAUGGCACAUUUAUUAUAGAAGUAUAUUUUCAUCAUUAGUUGUUGCAUUUAUUAUUCAUGGUUUAUCUUCUAUAAUCAUUUUUAUAGUUAUUUUUAAAAUAAAUUAUGUACCUGUUCUUGGUACUGAAUUUGAAUUAGUUGGAAUUUAUAGUGUAACAAGAUUACUUUUAAAAGGAAGUUGUGGUACUGUUAGAAUUUGUAUAUGGAUAAUGGGUAUUGAAAGAACAGUUGCUACUAUUAAAAAGAAAAAUUAUGAAGAUUAUAAUAGUUAUAUUUUUAUAUUAAUAAUUAUUGUCACACCAUUUGCUUAUGGUUUUAAUAUUGAUAAUAUUGGUAAUGCAUGGCCAUUUUUUAGAAAAAAUUAUGUCAAUUUUUGUAUAGCAUUUGAUUGUACAAUAUUAAUUGUUUUUAUAAUUCUUUUAGUUUUAAACAGAAAACUUCAUCAAUUACAUCAUAAAAAAAUGUUAACGUUAUCUGAAAAAUUUCAGGUUGCUGAAAAUAUUAGACUUACUAAGAUUAGUCUCCCUGUAUCUAUUUUAUUUGUACUAGAUAAUUAUGCAUUUAAUAUAAUUUUUAAUAUAUAUACAUUAACACCAACUGAAGAUGAAAUUAUAACUUUAAUUAACUAUGGAUCUCUUGCUUAUUGUUAUAUAUGUUUUUUUAUUUUUAUAUUAUAUCAAUAUAAAGAAAGACUUAAUCUACAAUAUCGUUUAGGAAGGAAUAAAGUUUUAAAUUUACAGACCAAUGAUCCGGCAUUAAAAACCAGUGAUAAUAGUCAGAAAAAUAACGGAAGCCAAAGUCUAAAAAUUAUUAAUGCCAACAAUACACUUAUUCCAAUGGAUUACGAUCAAAAAAGUUAUUUUAAAGUUUAUGCUAAUGUUUGGUGA